GUUGACUUCAAAGCGAUAAUGUUGUGAUGUGUUGCCUGUAUUCUUAUAUUUCUAACAAUUGCCUUGUUGUAGGACUCUAAAACACGUUGGUAUAGAAAGGUCGAUCUCUCAGUCCCACAGGAGACUGUGCGGAGAAUGACCUCAUGGCUAAGAAGCUCAUGAUCACAUAUGCCUUGUGGGCCAUGGGCGGACCACUUGGCCUUCAUCAUAUUUACCUGGGGCGAGACAGCCAUGCCCUCCUGUGGAUGCUCACCUUGGGUGGUUUUGGCAUUGGCUGGCUAAGGGAGUUCUUCCGUAUUCCAUCAUAUGUGAGUGACGCCAACAAAGGAGCAGAGGAAGUCCGAGUUAGACGUCCCCAUGUGAAUCCACCACAAUUAGGCCUGAUUCGGUUUACUGGUCAGGUUUGUGUUGGCAUUUACUUUGGCACGGUUGCUUUAAUAAGCCUUAGCUCUCUUCGUUUUUUCUACAUCCUUGUGCUGCCACUGAGCAUAGGUGCAGGUGUGCACCUGGUGUCCUCCGUUGGCCAGCAGACGUCUAACCUGCAGAAGACCCUCAUUACAUGUAUCAUCACCUCUUCCAUCUUCUAUGGCAGCAGUCUCUCUCCUCUGCCCAUCAGUAUAGCUGCCAGCUUUACUGCUGCACAACACAGCACGUUCAAACCGCUGCAGCCUGCUGGAUCUCUCCCAGAGCCACUGGGGCCUCGUCUGUAUCGUCUGAGUUUAGGUGUUCUGGCUUUCUCUGCUCCGCUGGGAUACUGUGUUUUUCAUAACACCACAGCCACAUUGUACUACAUAUCAGACUGUAUAGCAGCCCUGCUUGAUUUUUUCUGGUUCCUACCCUGGCUCAGAGGACUUCUGGAGUAUUUUCUGUUGUUGCCAUAUCGUCUACUUUGUUCUCUGACAGGAGGGAGUUUUUAUGAAGACAGCUGGAGGAAGGUGCUAGAAAUACUUCUUAAUGAGUAUAGUAAAAAAGAAAUGGAGGCACUGACGAUACUGUCAUUGCCUGAAGAGGCUUCUAUGGAGGAGAUCACACGUAGCUAUAGGGAACUGGCUAAAGUGUGGCAUCCAGACCACAACCCCAAGCAACAAGCAGAGGCACAACAGAUGUUUAUUCAGAUUCAGGAGGCAUAUGAGAUACUUCUUCAGAGACAUAAACCACGACGAAGAACAUGAUCAUCUGAGGAAGAGCUUAAGUACCCUUUGGGGUGCUUAGAUUUAAUUUACACAUAACCAAGAUCUACAGGAUUUUUGCACAAAGUCAACCUGGUGUAAAAUAAAUAAAUAAAUAAAUGUGAA